CUGUGGCGCGGCUCCCGGGUCAGAAUGUCAUACCCAGGCUAUCCCCCAACAGGCUACCCGCCUUUUCCUGGAUAUCCUCCUGCGGGUCAGGAGUCAUCUUUUCCCCCGCCUGGUCAGUAUGCUUAUCCUAGUGGCUUUCCUCCAAUGGGAGGAGGUGCCUACCCCCCAGCACCAAGUGGCGGUUACCCAGGAGCUGGAGGCUACCCUGCACCUGGAGGUUAUCCAGCCCCUGGAGGCUGUCCUGGUGCCCCACAGCCAGGGGGAGCUCCACCCUACCCGGGAGGCCAAGGAUUUGGAGCCCCACCAGGUGGAUCAGGUUUUUCUGGCUACCCCCAGCCACCCGCACAGACUUACGGUGGUAGUGGACCAGCACAGGGCCCAUUACCUGGUGGCUUUCCUGGAGGACAGAUGCCCUCUCAGUAUCCAGGAGGACAGAUGCCCUCUCAGUAUCCUGGGGGACAGACUCCUUACCCUAGCCAGAUGAGUACAGAAUCCUUCCCUUCCUAUCCUGUUUUCUCUCCUGUUUCUUUGGAUUAUAGCAGUGAAGGCACUCAAGGGACAAUCCGGCCAGCUGCCAACUUUGAUGCUAUGAGAGAUGCAGAAAUUCUCCGCAAAGCCAUGAAGGGAUUUGGGACAGAUGAACAGGCAAUUGUGGAUGUUGUGGCCAACCGCUCUAAUGAUCAGAGACAAAAAAUUAAAGCAGCUUUUAAGACCAUGUAUGGCAAGGAUUUAAUCAAAGAUCUCAAGUCAGAGUUGAGUGGAAAUAUGGAAGAACUUAUCCUUGCCCUUUUCAUGCCUCCUACAUAUUAUGAUGCCUGGAGUUUACGGAAUGCAAUGCAGGGAGCAGGAACUCAGGAACGUGUAUUGAUUGAGAUUUUGUGCACCAGAACAAAUCAAGAAAUCCGAGAAAUUGUCAGAUGUUAUCAGUCAGAAUUUGGACGAGAUCUUGAGAAGGACAUUCGGUCAGAUACAUCAGGGCAUUUUGAACGUUUACUUGUGUCCAUGUGCCAGGGAAAUCGUGAUGAGAACCAGAGUGUGAACCACCAGAUGGCUCAGGAAGAUGCCCAGCGCCUCUUUCAGGCCGGUGAGGGGAGACUUGGGACCGAUGAGUCUUGUUUUAACAUGAUCCUCGCCACAAGAAGCUUUCCUCAGCUGAAAGCUACCAUAGAGGCUUAUUCCAGGAUGGCUAAUCGAGAUUUGUUAAGCAGCGUCAGUCGUGAGUUUUCCGGCUAUAUUGAAAGUGGUUUGAAGACCAUCUUGCAGUGUGCCCUGAACCGUCCUGCCUUCUUUGCUGAGCGGCUCUACUAUUCCAUGAAAGGUGCUGGCACAGAUGAUUCCACCCUGGUCAGAAUUGUGGUUUCUCGAAGUGAGAUCGACCUUGUACAAAUAAAACAGUUAUUUACUCAUAUGUAUCAAAAGACGCUGGGCACAAUGAUUGCAAGUGACACAAGUGGAGAUUAUCGAAGACUUCUUCUUGCCAUUGUGGGUCAGUAGGAGGGAAGUUUUUUAAAUGGAUGAAGUCUUUCAAAGCAGCAUGACCUGCAUGCAGCAAUAUCAGCCAUCACCUAACCGGAACAACUUAAGGACGGUCAGGGUUAAUGUGCUUGGUUUGCACAUGUUGUUAUUGCCUUAAUUCUAAUGUUAUUUUUUCUUAUACAUACAAUCAGUGUAAAGCCAUAUCACAAUGAUGUAGUAAUUUUGCAAUAUUUGUAAUGCUUCAUUCUCACUGCUUUGGUUCUAAUCAGGAUUUCAAGUUGAAUAAAAAUUAGUGAUCUAAUUCUGUAUAAUUAUGAGCAGUUACGUUAAAAGGUUAACCAUCACCUCUGUGUAGUUUUAAAAAUGAGGAAAUAGUAUUUUUGAAAAGUGAUACUGGUCUGGCUGAUUUAAGAACAUGACUGCCAAUUCAGAAAUAUGAUGGAGUGCUGCCAGCCUAGUGGCUUUGGGACUCCCAGUGCUUUGGGAGAUCAAGGCAGGAAGACCAUUAAGUUUGGCCCCAGCCUGGGCAACCCAGUGACUUAAUGAGAUCCUAUCUGAAAAUAAAAUACGAAAACCAGGCUAAAGCUGUGCAGGCUGACACAUGUCUGUAAAUCAGCACCCUAGGAGGCUGAGGCAGAAGGAUCGCGAGUUUGAGCUUAGCCUGGGCAACUUAGUGGUUUAGCAACACCCGGUCUCAAAAAAAUUUUUAAAGGGGCUAGGGAUGGCAGAAGAGAGCUGCUCACCUCCAUAGCAGCCAGGAGGUGGAGAGAAGAGGUACAUGGGACAAGAAAUGCGCUCUUCCAUGUCAUAGCUGCAGUGACACAGCUCUACUAACUGGGCCCUGCCUCUGAAUCCAUGAGGCUUUUGGGACAUGGUUUAGAUAUCCACCAUAAUAUUCUGCCUCUUGCUCCCAAAAGGCUCAUGUCCAUCUCUGAGUUCCCAAAUUCUUCACAGUUCCAAAGUCUCAUUUGAUACUCAAAGCAAACUCAGCUGUGAGCCCUGUAAAAAUAAAAAAGUUAAAUACUUCUAACAUGCAGGGUAAGCAUUCUCAUUCUAAAAGGGGAGAAGGGAAGAUUGCAAAGGAAUUGAAUCAGUAAGCAAGCUGUGGUAAAAUGUGAGCUUCAAAGGGUGUGGUCAGCCCCGUCCCUGUGGCCUCUGGCUGGCUCCACUGGCUGCUGUAGUUUUCCUCAGAUGUUUUACAUUCCUGACAUUUCCAACUUCCUAAGGUCACCACUGUGCCUUCAGCUUCAUGUAUCACCCUCAGGGACUCCUAGCAGGGACUGCAACCCUGUCACACCUUUACGCCUGGUCUUCCAGGCCUUCUGAAAUCUGGGUAGAAGGCUUAAUUACCCCAUAACUCUUGCAUUCUGCAUGUCUGAAAAAUUAGAACCACUUGGAUGACACCAAGGUGUUCUGCUGGCUAUAGCAGUAGCCUCUGGGCCCUGUGGACCAUACCUGCACUGGUCUCUCAGUUCCUGGAUUGCUGAAUUUGGGAUAUAUGUCCUUAGGCAUCCCUGAAUGAGCAGGGCUCCCAGGGAUUCUCAAGCAAAAUCUUUAAAAGAGCCCAUACUUUUACACCUUUGAGUGUGUCAGGACUAAGGUCUGGCCUUUUCCUGAGAUGACCUGAAGGCAUCUUUCCUACUGUGCUGAUGCAAAGUACUUGUCUUUUUUAUGCUAAUUUUUUUCUGCAUCCACACUCCUUGGCCCUAACUUUACAGGUGCUUCCUUUCUGGCCAACCUGCAC